UUCGAGGCCGCCUGAAUAUUGCGCCGCGUACAACUCGACGUGCUUCACCGCGUUCCAAGCGAGAUUCGCAAAGUUACGGCACAGGCCGGCUUCGACAGGCAAGAAAUGCGAAGACCGUUCGGAGGAUCGGUUUGAUAGUUUGAUCGGACCUAAAGAUGUUAGGUUAAAGGGUUAGCGUAUCUGCGUAGCAUCAAUAUAUAUGUAGUGUACACAGUAUACAUAGCAAGUAGAUAGGGUCAAGAUUAGUAUACGGACGAAUCGCUCGCAGAAACGACAUUACGCGUGAUGUCGCAAUAAGCGCAUGUAAUAGCCAUCAUAAUACUCUUUUGUACAUUACAUAAUAGUUUCAGAAAACUGUUGUGUAAUUAUUUUUCCCCUCGAUAUAAAUUAAGCAUUUUCUAUUACGCGAGGUUUUAUUCAUACAUAACAUAACAAUGCAUAAACGAUGAUAAUCCUGCCGUCAUUUUCACAAAAGUAGAUAACGACGAUAUAAAAAUCAGCCUUUUUGCGAUCAGAUGUCACUACAAUGGUGGAAUUUAAAAUUUGCCUUCAAAUUAUAAAUAUUUAUUGCUUUAACUAAUUGAUAAUGCCACCAAAAAAAUAUGCUGACCGCAGAGUUAAAUUUAAAAACAGUGACGCAAACCUGCAUAGCGAUCGGUCUGUCAUUGAUAAUGCGAUAUCUAUGUAUGACUUGUUGAAGUAAUAACGAAAGGGAGGUGAUCGAUUAGAGGGAGCUCCAGACAGCGUAUUUUGCCUGUCGAUUUGUCCUCACUCUCGUAUUCGCCAAAUCUAGGGUGUGUUGUGUGAAAUCAGUGAUUCGGAGAAAGUGAAGGGUGACAUUCUUUUCGUGCAUUCCUCGCUUCCGUGUUACCGAAUCGUUUCCAGAUGCUUGCGUGUUCGUGCACAUCGGAUAGAAAAUUCGCCAAAAUUUCACGUCGGAGCUUUUUUCCAUCCGUUGAAUUUUUCAACCUGUUGCGUCGUGCUCUUUUUUCUCGUUUUAUUUUUUAAAUACUAUUGGGAUAAUAUGGCGGAACGUGUUCUUGUAAUAUCGAAAGUGAAUGCGGUUUUUGUUAUGGCUGUGCCGACGAAACUGUGCGUGAAAAAAAUACAUGAAAAACAGAAAAACAGCGUAAAUAUGGAAACAAUUUACUUGCAAGUGAAUUAUUGGGAUUUUUAUAUCGCUUUAUUUCACUCGUGCGAACGAUUAACAAAAGUGUAUGCAUAUUUCUCUACCACAAAAAAAAGAAAAAAAAAGAAGAGAAACAUAGAAAUAUUUGUUUCAAGCGACAUUCGUGGAACGAUACACAGCGAAGACUUGGAAGAAACCAAGGUCGUUUAAUCGCCGCUCAUGGCUCUUAAACUUAACAAACACGUCACUGGGUCGAUUUGAUUUUACACGCUAAGAUGAGAUUGGAGGAAGACCUUGUGAUUCGUAGGAGCAGACCAACGAUGAUUUCGGCCAAGUACCGUGCGAGGGAGGAACGUCGUCGCUUGCUUAAAAUUUCAGCCGGUAAGCUAAGGAGGAUCGAGGACCCAGAGGCUAGCCUGUGCAGAUCGGUUCUCAUAAACAACGCCGUCAGGCGACUGCAACGUGAAAACCGAGACGAAAAGACUAGGAAUUACGGGCUUCCGGUGGUCACGUAUCUAAAUGAUUCCACCAAAGAGAAUAACGUUUCCAGCAACCUUAUCGUCGGAGUAACAGACGACGAAACGUCCUCCAGGAAGAGAUUAAGCGAUGAUACGCGGAACGAUGGAAUCAGCCCGAAGCGACAGAGGCACAACGAUCUUGACCUUCAGGACGAUGUAUUCAGUGACUUUUACAUUCUGCCUCCGACUCCGCGAUUACUGUCUCAUAUAGACGAAGUCCAAGAACCCGAAUCUCCGCAUCAUCACCAUCUGGUGUACUCCGAGGACCGCCUGGGCUCCGUAGAUAUUCGGUCGACAACAACAAUCAUUAGCACUAGCACCGCAAACACAACCACCACCAGUAGCACCAGCACGUCCGCGAGUAGUUGCUGUAACUCCGUCAUGUUCCCUACCGAACUAGAUGACACUAGCAGUCAACUAACCAGUGUUGCUAGAUCUACCGACAUAGGCAGCAUAAUGGAGGCUUCGGACGUGGUCGAUCCUGACAGGAUCUGCGAUUUUGCAAGGUUUGCAGACUCCGCCAAGACUCUAGAAGAACGUUUAGUCGAGUUACAGUCGCUGGACGAACAUUUUGAUCUGGCGAAAUUCGAAAGGAACAACAAUCAGAGUUGUGGCAGAGCGUUCCACGAUAUCCAGACCUUCCACAGUUUGGUACCUGGACUGGAAACCUAGAAGGGAGCCUCGUGCCUCGAGCACCCUCCUCUCGUCGCGUCUGGCUCGACAGAAAAAGAUGACCACGACCACGAUGACGACGAUGAUGCGGGUAGACGGCUUCGCGGCACAUACGAGGAACCACGGCGAGGAUGAACCUGCGAUCUGGGGGGGGGGGGGGAACAUUCUGUCUAGAAUAUGGCGCCCUCUAUGGGGCUUUAACUUGAUGGCACGAGCAUCGUCGACACGGCUGGACGACCUAUCAGAGGAUCUCUGUUUGAUAUUUGGGAAAGCACAAAGGACGAACUUGUGGUAUCGAGCAGUACCAGUAAGGGAAUGAUGUAUGUAGGCUUCCGUAAGGCUUAUUUUCAUCGUUCUUGAGUUUUUUUUUUUUUUUUUUUUGGUCGUUCAGCAGCUGUCAACGAUUUAAGACUGCGUGGGGAAUAAGUAAAGUACUUUUCGUGGAUGAAAUGCGUUUUCAGCAGUUCUGGGUUCGAUGAAAGUCUGGCUUCGAUUGAGUAUUGUCGAUGUGUACGUUACCAAUAGUUGAUAUAAACGUUGUUGGUUGUACGUGCAUCGGUACCAAAAUAUUCUGAAACACGCAUUACAUAUAUAAUUUGUAUAUAUUCGAGUACGUUUCUAAGAGCACGUUAACGAUUAUAUUAUAGGCGAAUUUAUAGUGGAGAUAUUUCCGGAGAAAGUGAAUAAACGCCGACACACAAGAGAAAAAAUGCCGCAAAUGAGACGCGUGCGUCUGUUGUGUAUAAAUGCCUUUAGAGUAGUUGUAAAUCGAUGUAAACGUGAAGUGCGCCCGAUAUCGAAUGAAUUUCACUAUCGCGCGAUUAUGCCACAAUGGGCCUUCGAUUUCUGUUAACAAUAUUUUAUCGUUCCUUUCUUUUUCCUUAAUUUCUUUUUUGUAGUUUCCCUUGUGAUUCUACAAACAAUGAAAAAUGAAUUUUUAGAACAUCGACAGAUUACCAUUAUCCAAUGUGUGAUUUCUUUUGUAAAUCACAAACAGAUAAUGUGUCGUCGGAUGGCGAAAAAUCGUUGGUUGUAAAAAAUAUAUUUCUUUGCUAAACUAUUUUAUUCCUUUUUUGCGUUUUUUUUUUCUUUUUUGCGAUAUUCUUGUUCGGAGUGAUAAUCGUUGAACGUUUGUGUUUCUCGCGUGGCAUUUUCUUUUGUUAACACUUUUUUCCUUCUUAUUCCUAAUGAUGAAACUCAUUAGUUAGUAUCAAUUUGUAUAACGACGAAUUUUGUUACGUCGAAAUACGCAACCGUACGAUUUAUAUACACGCUGUAUGCAUACUGUUUAUAAUCAUUGUUUUUAAAAAAGGUAUGUAAUAAGUUCGGAUUUGUAAGACGUACGUUUAACAUGGAUUUUGCAGACACUGUGCAGUGCAAUAGUAUGUCCCUUAUUUCUUCUCACAGAAGAAUACCGGAACAUGUCGCAAAUCGUUUUCGAACAUCGAAUAUAUUAUUACUACACAGAUACGCGAAUACUCGAGAUCGAUCUGCGACACUUGACCAUCUUUGCGUUGAUUAAUUCGUAACAGUGCCGCCAUGAUUCUUCUAUAAACUUAUAAAUCAGUGCAGUCUAGGUGAAUUCCUUGACUAUGCCAUUUUUAAGCUGAUUUGGAAAUAUACCGUCUUAAUCUGUUUCUGCCCCCAUUCACAAAAGUGCUAAAAAGGAAUUGGACGAUCAAUGUCACGCGUGCAAUCAUUUUUUCUACGUUUUAUUUAAACUGACCACUUUUAUACGUUUUGCACAUAUUAUAAAUUUAACGAAUCAUUCACAGGAAUACCCCCUGAUCUUUUUGUACAGGAUAAUAACAGAUGCAUUUGAAUCCUCUGAGCGUCGCGGUGUUGCGUUACGAUUCGUGCCGUAACCUGUGAGGGUAGCCGCGAAACUACAUAUUACGUAAUCGAUGAUUGAAUCAUUGUACAUAUAAACAUUUGUACCGUUCUGUAAACCCGGUAAGAGAAAAUAGAAACAAUGACGAAAGCGUGAAAAGCGAUGCAAAGAGAAAUCCAAUCUUCCUUUCGAACGUCUAAACCGCCUUUCGAGGGAAAUUUCUCGACGUGAGUCGUAUUAUCACGUCGAAGAAGGACCGUCUCGAUUCGUGGUUUGACGCGUUCACACUGUAAAUAGUCACAUUAGCACCCUUAAAAUAACUAUGUAUAAAAUUUCAUACGUUGUUUAGGUUUUUAGUACUAGUUAUUCAAGAUCAGUUACCAAUUAUAUGAACAAAUUGCAAAUAAACUGCAGAAAUAUAA